CUCAACCAUUACUCCAAGCCCCACGACCAUCGCCACCCCGCAUAUAUGCCCUCACGCACCGUCUCAGCGCCGAGGGUGCCGCGCUAUGCAAGCAGGCCUGAUCGCCGUCUGCCCGAUGCAGAGCUUCAGCGCGAUGCUGCAGGCGAUGUAAUCGAAGAAGAAGACGAGAAUGAGCACCAAGGUCGCGGCGAGGAAGACGAUGAUGGAGAGGAUGAUGACAGCGACGCCACCGGUCCUGCACCAUCCAACGAGCCCUCCGAACAGCCACUUGCCAGCACGGCAAGUAUGACCAUCAAAGGCUCCCUCCGCGACUGGGACAAAUCCCUUGAGUCAUCUCAGGCUCUCCGCUCGAACAUCACAGACGCGACCGUCUCUUACGCCGAGCUCUUCUCGACCAUCUCCGGCGCAAAGGGCAACGCCAUGGACACAGCAUUCAGAGACAUGAUAGAUGCGACGUUUGAGGCUCAGCUGCGCCGCGAGGCAAUGAAGCGCAUUGCGGAUCAGGUGGCUAAGGGAGAGGCGGUGUAUGAUGCCGUGGGCGCUUACGAGCGACAGGUCCAGGAAGGUUUGGAGGCGUACAAGGCCAAGACGACGAGGCAGAAGUACUUGCAUCAUGAGGGAUACAAGACUUUCAAAGAGAGAGUUUGGGAGGCACACACCGAUGAAGCAAUGCCACCCUUGGCAGAUUUCAUCGAUAUCGAGGACGGAGAUGAGCCGGAUGAUGAUGAUGACUUUACGGCGGGGGCGGUGCGACAAGAAUACAAAUGCCCAUUGACGAUGGCCCUCCUCAAGGAUCCGGUCACCAGCUCCGUCUGCCACCACUCUUACUCAAAGGAGGCCAUCCUCGACUACAUCACACAAGCGCGCAACCGCGGCGAGUCGGCCAAAUGCCCGCGAUCAGGCUGCACUAAAGUCAUUUCGCCGAGCACACUCAAGGACGACCGCGAUCUGGCAAAGAGGGUUGCGACGCACAAGAGGAGGAUGGAGUUGGCUGAGGGGAACAAGAGAACGCAGGCGGCUGAGAUUAUCGAUUGAGCCCAAAAGUCAGUUCCCUGUCUCGCUGCGUCUCGUCACCUCUUUGCUACUGUCAUCAGAUCACCCUUUACCACUCAUGUACUCUCACAUCAUUCUAUACCAAUCCAUCGACUCGUCUUUCCAC